CGAAGCAUGUGCCCACCAAGCUCCACCUGACCCGUUUCGGGAUGGUCGCCCCUCAAUUGCCUCGGCUCAGCAACCCCAGGAUUUGGCAGGCUCCAUUCAUCGCAAGGGGGCGGCGAUGAACAGCCCUGCCGAGGGAACCGCCCCUCGCCGUGUCGCAGCAUGACCGUGUCUUGCCCGAGUGUUACCCGGCCGAAGUCCAUUUGAACGCAGGCCUGUAUCCGGUUUCCAUUCCUUUGUCCGACUCAUCCCUCGCUCUGAAUCGCGGCCGGUGUGUAGUGGAAUCAACUCGGUAAUUCGACUUUGAGCGCGCUUCUUACCCUCCACUCACUUCGAGUUAUCCGUAUCCUCGGUCCAAUCAACUGAAUUGUCCCGCGUGCGCCCGCCGCAACGAUGCCCUUCAACACGGAAUUAACGCGCCGCCUCGGCAUUGCAGUCCCCGUUGUGCAGGGAGGCAUGCAGCAUGUCGGAACCGCUGAGAUGGCGAGUGCCGUGUCCAAUGCCGGCGGCUUAGGUAUUAUCACAGCCCUAAUCUGGCCUGAGCCGGAAGGACUGCGCCAGGAGAUCCGCAAGUGCAGGAAAAUGACGAGCAAGCCGUUCGGUGUCAACAUCACCCUGCUCCCGGCGAUUGUUCCGCCUGACUACGAGGGGUACGCCCAGGUCGCCAUUGACGAGGGCAUCAAAAUCGUUGAGACUGCCGGGAACUCGCCAGGGCCUGUCAUCGCAAAGCUCAAGAAGGCUGGCUGCAUCAUCCUGCACAAGUGCACAACCAUCAGGCACGCCCAGUCCGCGAUAAAGCUCGGCGUUGACUUUUUGAGCAUUGAUGGGUUUGAAUGCGCUGGCCACGUGGGUGAGUCGGACAUCACAAACUUCAUCCUGCUCAGCCGGGCGCGUCAAACGCUCAAUGUGCCCUUCAUCGCGUCGGGCGGCUUCGCCGACGGACAGGGCCUCGCGGCGGCGCUGUGCCUUGGUGCGUGCGGUGUCAACAUGGGAACGCGGUUCCUGUGCACUGUUGAGAGCCCGAUCCACCACAACAUCAAGGAGCAGAUCGUAAAGGCGGAGGAGACAGACACGGCGCUGGUCCUGCGGCGCUGGCGCAACACUACGCGCUUGUACCGCAACAAGGUUACCGAGCAGGCGCUCAAGGUCGAGCGCGAGAGCAAGACGGGGGAAUUCUCCGAGAUCCAGCCCUACGUCAGCGGCAAGCGCGGCCGCGAGGUAUUCGUCAACGGCGACCCGGAGUAUGGCGUUUGGACCGCGGGCCAGGUCAUCGGUCUAAUUCACGAUAUCCCCAACUGCAAGGACCUCGUUGCGCGGAUCGAGAAGGAGGCGGAGGAAACGCUGAAGGCACGGACGGGGUUAUUUACCCCUUCACCGAAACUGUAACUGUUUCCUAGAAUGUAAAUAAGGGCGGGUGGGUCUGUGUUUUGGGAGCGUGGGAUCUCGCAUUUGGAUCAAGAUCAUGUAGAAAGAAAUACGGAGCGUGGAAUCUAUGCA